AAUCUGUUACUACAGUUCAAAAGGUAGAUUUGGCAUGAUUAUUUAGGGGAAAGGUCGCACAGUUUGGGGGUCUAGACUUGGAUGAGUGGACGAAAACAUUUAGUCAGUGACCAGUUAGAUUCCGACUUUGUACGUUGUCAUGUCUCUGCUCAGAGGGGUCUUCAUUGUAGCCGCCAAGCGCACUCCGUUCGGCACCUACGGUGGCGUCCUGAAGGAUCACACCGCAACGGACCUGGCCGAGCACGCGGCCAAGGCGGCCCUGGCGGCGGGCGGUGUGGCGCCCGAGCUCGUCGACAGCGUCAUCAUGGGGAAUGUCAUGCAGAGCUCAGCAGACGCCCCCUACAUCGCACGCCAUGUUGGUCUUAGGUGCGGCGUUCCCAUCCCUGUGCCCGCUCUCACUGUCAACAGGCUGUGUGGAUCUGGUUUCCAGUCUAUCAUCAAUGGGGCUCAGGAGAUUUGUGUGAAGGACUCAGAAGUUGUGCUGUGCGGCGGUUCGGAGAGCAUGAGCCAGGCUCCGUACGCCGUUCGCAACAUUCGAUUCGGUACAAAGUUCGGGCUCGAUCUCAAGCUGGAGGACACCUUGUGGGCCGGGUUGACUGACCUACACGUAAAAAUCCCGAUGGGCAUCACGGCGGAAAACCUGGCUGACAAGUACAAAAUAACACGAGAGGAUUGCGACAACUACGCGUACCAGACACAGCAAAAAUGGAAAGCAGCUCACGAGGCCGGCCGCUUCACCGCAGAAAUGGCUCCAAUUGAUCUGAAAUCAAAGAAAGGCCAAACGUCCAUGGCUCAGGACGAACACCCUCGUCCUCAGACCACGUUGGAGCAGAUGGCGAAACUGCCGACCGUCUUCAAGAAGGGAGGCAGCGUUACUGCCGCGAACGCUUCGGGCGUGUCGGACGGCGCCGCUGCGUUGGUGAUUGCCAGCGAGGAUGCACUCAGUCAACACAAGCUGACUCCGCUGGCUAGAAUUGUGGCCUAUCAUGUGUCUGGCUGCGACCCGAGCAUCAUGGGAAUCGGGCCCGUUCCAGCCAUCACAGAGGCUCUGAAAAAAGCUGGACUAUCGCUUAGUGACAUGGACCUGGUGGAGGUGAAUGAGGCUUUUGCCCCGCAGUUCUUGGCAGUGUCCAAGGCCCUGGGACUGGAUCCAGAAAAAAGCAACGUCAACGGCGGCGCCAUUGCCAUCGGGCAUCCUCUCGGCGCUUCGGGGGCCCGCAUCACCGCUCACCUGGUUCAUGAGCUCAGGCGACGGGGCGGCAAGUACGCCGUCGGAUCGGCUUGCAUUGGAGGCGGUCAAGGAAUCGCCGUCGUCCUCGAACGGUGCUGAGUGAGCCGUCGAGCCGCUAAGAAGAGUCCGCGUCCACGUUCAUGCAAAAAACUGCUUGCGUCACAUCACAAUGCAUUCGGCCUUACCAGCUUGAAUGACUGAUUCCUCGUUUAUUCUGGGACGUGCAAUCAAAUAGACGAUGACUAAAGGUUAGAUUGUGUUUUCCUUUUACCAACAUCAGUCUAUUUACAUAAAAAAAAAUAAUAAUAAUGAAUGACAGUUCGCAGUCCUGCCUUACUUUGAUAAAUGAAUGACUAUUGUUAUGAAACGCUAACGGGUGAUUUUGUUUAACGCUUGUGAUACAUUAAAUUGCAUACAUUGGUGUGCCUCGUAUUUUGAUCACUCCGUUAUAUUGACUAUACAUCUCAAAUAUUUUGUCUUUGUUGGAGGAUCUUAAUAAAUGACAUUUUUGGAAAA